CUUUAAAGUAUGCUUCAUUCUUGCACUCUGAUGGCUGCUUUUUAAGAAGGGGAGGUUUAAUGUAAGAAAUAGGCAUAUUCUGCAAUGUCAUCCCUGUGAGCUACAUUACUACCAUACAUUCAAUGCAAACUACUGAGUACUUGGAGCCAUAUGUUCAUCUUUCUGAUGCUGAACAGUAAGACUUUUGCACAAAGGUGCUUUUCAAAAGCGUACUGAAUUUUCUUGGUUUUUCUCUUUGAAAAUGGUUUGCUUCUCAUUCAAGAAAUAGAUGUGGAAAGCUGUUACAGAACAAUUUAAAGAAGAUCCCUUCUGAGAGAUUUUCCUUCCAUUUGAGAAUAUUUCUUUCUGGAGUAAGAAAAGAUGGCAGGUGUAAGCUCAUGUAUGAAAUACUCCAUGUUUGUCUUCAACUUUUUAUUUUGGAUAAUUGGAUGUAUUAUUCUGGGAGUCUCUAUAUGGAUACGUGUCAGCAAAGAUACCCAAGAGGACUUCAAAACAGACUCAAGCUUGCUUCCUGCUGUUGAUCUCCUCAUUGCUGUGGGCUCUGUCAUUAUGGUGCUUGGGUUUCUAGGUUGCUGUGGUGCCAUGAAAGAGAGCCAGUGCAUGCUCCUCCUGUUUUUCAUUGGACUACUGUUGAUUCUGCUUCUUCAAAUUGUAGCAGGCAUUUUGGGAGCAGUAUAUAAAUCUCAGAUUGAAGGCCUCGUAAACCAGACUCUCGAGAAAGAAAUGGAUGUAUUAAAACUUGCUUCAUCUAAUAAUAAGGAUGCUCUGAACAAGUUCCACAACUUUGAGAUGGAGAACAAAUGUUGUGGCAUGCUUAAAGGAAAAGAAGAUUGGGGACAAAACUUUAGUCCUUACCAUGGAUGUGAAUGUAAUCAGACAGACAUAGGUACAAUUUAUUGUGAUAAACAACACUAUGCAAAGACUUGUGCGACUGUAAUUAUGGAAAUAUUGAAGAACAAUAUGGUUAUAGUUAUGGGGAUAGCAUUUGGACUGGCAUUUAUUGAGAUUGUUGGCAUGGUGUUUUCAAUGGCCCUUUACUGCCAGAUCCAGAAAAAAUGAGACCAAGAAAAUGAUCAGUCAAAUCAGAAAGCUUUGUAGAUUGAGGAAUUGGAUCUGUAGUUGGAUUUUUAUUUUAUUUUUUUUAAAGCACCAUGCAAUUUGUGUUUGGGGUGUUGGUAAUUUGUAAUCUAUUCGACUACCCAAAAAAAGAAAAACACUGCUCUAUAUUCAAUACAUUGUUUUCCACUCAUCUGUUUUCUAAAUUAAAGUUGAUGCUUACUUAACCAAUUUCAACUAAAAGUUAUUUGUUUUAUAUAUUUCCACACCCAUAUUCAUACAUAAACAUACCCCCCUCAAAAAAUUCUUGCUUCCCAACUGUUCAUGCAGAGACUCAGAAUGUUUUCCCCUUAACAUUGCUGAAAUGCUGUGAAAUGAAACCUUUGAACAAAUUGGUUUAAUAGCUUGUCCAAUCAGUCCAAUGGACUUAGAUCAUCUACCUGAGUACAGGGUGGUUUGAGACAGACAACAAAACUUUUAACAAUAAGGUCUGAAAAGCUGGAGCAGGUAAUCUCUAAAUGUUGGGUUUUAUGGUUGUUUUUCC